UUUAACUGCCUGGCAGUCAGCAAGCAUGGAGUCCACACAAGAACCAGAGGAGCUGGAACCUCAGACAGAAAUUAUUGCAGACACAACUCUUGAGAUUGGAGAGAGACUCUUCCAGGUCAGCCGUAGGGUGCUUUCAGUCCACAGUCGUUACUUUGAAGCCAUGUUUUUUGGGGGGGCAAGAGAAAGCUCUGAGCACCACGUUGUCAUUAGAGGGAUUGACCCAGUGCCUUUCCAGGCCCUCCUCGAGUUCACUCGCACGGCCCAAGUGCUUAUAGGUCAAGAAAAUGUGACCAGCUUACUGGAAACAGCUGAUUUUUUCCAGUUUGAGAGGGUGAAACUGUUGUGUGAGAAAUUUCUGGAGAGAGAACUGCAUGUUUCCAACUGCCUGGGCCUGAUGCUUUACUCCCAGCAAUUUGCCUUUGUGGAGCUCUAUGUGGUUGCUCUGAACGUGGCUCUCACACACUGGGGGGAUGUGAUGUGCCAGGAAGAAUUUAAGGCACUCCCCAAAGAAAUACUGAUGCAGCUCCUAAAAAGUGACGACCUCUUUGUUUCACGGGAAGAUGUGGUUUUUGACAGCAUUAUGAGGUGGACGAUGGAGGACCCAGCAACAAGAGAGGAAGACUUUCUGGAUUUGAUGGGUGAAGUCAGGGUCACUUUUCUGAGCCUGUUCUUCCUCGAUGCCUUGGUGAAACGCAGCAAGCGUUCUGGAGAGACUGAUACCUUUUCCAGACUAAUAAAGAAGUUAGACAGCUGUCCUCCACCCAGCUGGCAGAACAUGGAGAUGUGUCCUUAUGCUAGCCGGAGCUACGACACCUUGUAUGUCCUGGGAGGAAAGCAUGACAAGGAAGAGCAAGAAUUAUUUCUCUUCCAACCUAGGAUGGGGACCUGGCAAGCUUGUUCUCCCCUGCAGCGCAGGAACCUCACCCAGUAUGCAGUGGCAGCCGUCGGGAGCUUCCUUUUUGUGACAGGAGGAUAUUUUCGUGAUGAGUUUGUGUGGUACAGUGUGGAUUGGGUGCUUAUCUACAAUUGCUUGGACAAUAACUGGCUGGAAGGACCUGCUAUGAAGAAGUCCAGGAACAGCCACUGUGCAGCAGGAGUGGGGCUCUACCUCUAUGUCCUUGGAGGGAGCACAGAUGAAGGGAUAAUCCCAGCAGUGGAACGCAUGGGAUUGAUGGACUCAGAAUGGGAAAGCAUGAAUCCUAUGGCUCAGCCUGUGGAGAGAGGGGAUGCAGUCAGUGUGGGAAGCAGGAUCUAUGUGGUCUGUGGCCUGGAUGAAAACGGCCAUGUGUAUGAUGGAGUACAAAGGCUGAACACAGAGACAGACACCUGGGAUGUCAUCUCAUUCUCCCCGCUUCCAAGGUACGACCUCUGCGUCACAGCCCUGAAUGGUGCCCUCUACACUUUUGGAGGGGGAGCUUUUAGGUUUGAUGUGGAGACAAAUGAAUGGAGCAAGGUGGAUGAGGAAUGCUUGAGCCAGAAGUUCUUCCUGGGCUGCAGCACUGUGAAUGGAAGGAUUUACCUCCUGGGGCAGAGGAAGGGGAACAGUGCCCUGCCAGUUGUUGUCCUCUUUGAUCCCUAUGUCAGCACGUGCCAGGUCAUGGAUAACAAACUCCCUUGUCCCCUGCCUGUCCAUGGCUGUGUCACUGUGAGGAGAUUUGACACCUGGGCCUGAGUGAUGCCAACCUCACCAAAAAGAAAGUCACCUGCUUUACAGCUGGAAAAAAGUUGGGUUAUGUCAAGUUUGUUCAAUAUGUAAAGAUGUUCAAUAUCUGGGAAAUUUUUUAAUUUUGAAAAGAGAUCUGUUCCUUUGUAAUGUGGCCUUUUUUUUCUUUUCUACCUGGAAAUGAAACCAGUGAAACCUUUGUGUCUGCACUAUUGGAAAUAGUGCUCAGCAUUAUGGUGCAUAAACUCCUCAGGGGUGAUGAUAAAUAA